AUGUUCGGAGGGGGCCGGGCGCGCACGAAGAAGGAGGCAAGGGCGCACCAAGACGUGGAGUCGCCGGUGGCGCGUCAUGUAGCUGCUGUAGAAGGCGCCUGCGUCGCGCGCCACGAAAAGCCGCCCGACCGGCAGGCGAAGCACAGACGGUGGUCCGUCCCGCGCGCGAUCGACGAGGCCACGGCGUAUCUCGAGCGGUACUUACUGAACUGCUGGCAACUGCUGCGGAACUCGCACCUCUCGCAAUACUUUCCGGCGAUCGUGAUCUUCCGGCUCGUGCUGCGGGGCGUCUACGUGCUCCUGCUCGCUCCUUUGAAGAAAUGUGAUGACAGCAUGUACCGCUGGGAGUGCGCGCAGCGCGAGAAAUUAUACGAGCACGAGCCCGAAUCAAGCUUCGGCAAGCUUCUGUACGCGGUUUUUGUGGACCGGGACGGCUGGGCCUCCAACUUCUACGCGGACAUGCUACUGGAAAUCAUUUUCAUGGCGGCCGUGUGCGGCGCGAACAACGCCUCCGUGAAAUCAAGGCAGCGCAACAGGUGCCAAUUGCGGCGCUGGCACUGGCUCGUCGCGGCGGCGGCGAGUCUCUUCGUCGCCGUCGCGCGCGACGCGCGCCUGACCUACUGGAACCACGAGCGCCCGCUCGACGCGACCGCGAAGUCCCGGAGUAUUGUUCAUGUCAUCGGCUGCGCGAUCAUCUUGAUCUGCGACGCGCUGCUCGUGGCGGUCCUGGCUUACGCCCUCGUGAUCGCUGUGGCAUUCGCGCCGCACGACGCGGCCGAGCAGGCGAAACGUGUGGAGGCGACGCGCGACCGCCUGGCGCGGGAGAAGGAUUCCGUCGAGCGUGCGGUCCUCGAAAAAGCGCUGGCGCGCGACGAGGCGCUCCUCGCGGACCUGAAGGCCGAGGCGCCCGGCGCGCUCCCGCGCGCCUGGCGCCCGAGGGCGGACGCCUGGCGCGCGCUGCUCCGCGGGACGCUGCGCGACCCGACCUGGGCUCCUUCGCACCUCUACAAGGAGGCCGAGCAGCGCGCAUUGCUCGCCGCGCUCAUUCACCCACCGGGCGCCUGUCCGGGCCCGUUCGGUGGCCACGACCUCGCCGAACGCGCGCACGACCCGACGAAGCGGCCGCGGCCCCUGCAGCGACGCGCCCAGGCGAUCUUGGAGAAGGGCGACGGCGCGUACGAGGACUUUGUCCGGCAGAGCGGCUCGUCCGAGGACGACGACAGGUCCUUCAGGGUCGCGAAGCGCGGCGCCCGCCGGGUCCAGCUCUACUCGCGGCGGCUCGCGUUUGAGUGCUGCACGAAUUCGCUGUGCGGGGCGCUCUUCAAGGCCCAGGGGGACGCGCGCGACGAGCCGCGCCUCGACCGCCUGCACCUGCCCGAGGGCGCGGAGACGGCCUGGGAGGACCGCGUCCGCGACCGGAGCUACCACCCGGCCGCGCGGCUCAUCGCCGCGGUAGCCGCCGCGUGGUUGGUAGCGGUGACAGUCAUCGCCGCGCUCGCGUAUCUGACGUGGCUCGUGGCGAUCACUGUUGAGAAGCGGCUCGGGAACCUCGAGGACGACCUGGACGACGUUGACGCAAUCGUGGCGUCUUACUACAAUGCUUCGUGUACAAGUAGCUUCGACCGCCUCACCAACGCGUCGUGCGCCCAAGUCGCCCAGUACGAUGCGGUCGCGGGCGUCGCGAGCGCCGCCAGUACCCUGGACGCGGCCCUGAACGCGACGGGCCUCGGCGUCGACGUCGCGCAAGACGUCUCGCGCCUGACCGACGCCGCGCAAGUCCUCGCCGUCGAAAUGGAGCGCGCGCAGAACAUGACCCGCCAAUAUCUACCGUACGUCCUCGAGUACCGGAGCGAGCUCGGCAAAUGGACGGCGGCGGCGGAGCGCUACUGCGCGAUGCUCACCGACGCCGGCAACGUCGCGGCCGUCGCGGCGUUCGUGUUCGUGAACUACGGCCUGCUGAUGAUCCUGUUCCGCUUCGAGGAGGCGACGCUCGAGAUGCGCGAGACGGGCCUGCUGGACGGGCGCGACCUUAUAAAAGCGGAGGCGACGCUGCCCCGGACCCUGGGCGACCGGCUGUGGCGUGGGUUUAUUACGCCGGCGGCGCCAUACGCGAUCCGGUUCAUGGGCGUCGUCGUGGCGCACGCGCUGGUCGUCUCGGCGAUAUGCUUUCUGGGCGCGGGACUGGUGGUUUUCGCCUGGAACGCCUGGGAGGCGCAGGAGGCGGCGCGGCGGUACGUCGUGGAGUUGCUGGGCGGCGCCAUCGUACCCUUGCUCGUGCUGUGGCUCUUCAACAUGCUGCUGUUCGUCUUCCUCAACAAGUUCAUCAGCGACGGCACGUACGUGCACCACCGGAAUUGUUUCGACUUGUGGGACUUUGUGCUCGGGAUGUGGGAUUUGAUAGUGGGGCCCGUCGCGGGGCCGCUGCGGGUGCUCGUCCUCUACCUCAUCGCCACGAUCAACGUGUUCCGGGUCGACGUCUCGCUCUUCACGGGCAACAUCGGCUGGUUGGACCCGGGCUACAACACGUUCGCGUCCACGGUCAUGCUUUCUGAGAGACACAACAACCCCGUCAUGUGCGCGGCCUCGCGUUUGAUACUGUCGGCGGUCGAGGACGCCUACGCGCGGCGCGUGCGGCCGGCGCACUGCCUCGCCUUCGCGGCGCCGGCGCCGAGCCGCGCGCUGGCGUGCCGUUUACAAUCAGACGAGCUCGCUCGCAUCCUGGACGACGUCCUGCUGGGCGGGCGCGUUCCUUCAUCAUUGAAGCGCGGAGAACUCGCCGACGCCUGGCGAGCGUUGCACUUAAUCUACGUGCUGACGCUGCACCCCUCUCUGGAACCGUACAACGUGGCCGCGUGGCGCGCGCGGCCCAUUUCCGGGAGCCUCUGGCGCCGCGCGUACCCGCGAUUGAAAGCGCGGAAGGAGCACGAGGCGACGAAGUUGCGUCGAAAGGUGCGCGAGGCCGUGGCCGACCACGAGCUACGGGGCGCGCCGAUGCGCGCCGCCUUUUUGGGCCACGUCGACGAGCUCGAGGAAAUUCUAGAGAUGGAGGCGACGGCUCCGAGCCCCGUUGCCGAGCCACACGCGAGCAGCAAGAAGGGCGCCUGGCGCCACGCGGCCGAGCGGGCGCUGAAGCACCGCCGCCCGGCGAGUCCUACCUCGGAGAAGGCCGUCGCCCUCGACGCGGACGCGAUCCAGGAUCCCGAGCAUUUGGUGGACGUCGCGCUGCCGUUCCAGCUCGGCCACCUGCGCACGGCCUUCCGUUUGCUAGACAAGGACCAGGACGGCCUCGUGAGCGUCGACGACCUGCGGUUCCACUACCAGUCGCAGGGCUGCGAGAUUUCGAGCGAGGAAGCAUUGGGGCUCGUCGACGCCAUCUCCUGCGCGCGCAAGGGCUACUACGCACUCGUCGACGACGAUCUGCGGGAGGUGGCCGUCGCGCCGGGCUUCGACCUGCCGGAGUUCGUGGCGUUCUGCGUCUGGCGCCUCGCGUCGGAGGAGCCCGCGGCGUGCGCGUCGAGCAUCUGCAGUGGCCUCGGCCUCGACGCGGAGACGCGGCGCGCGUUAAGUGAAACUCUCUUCGUGCGCAUGAAGGGCUUCGACGAGCGCGUCGCGGACGUAUCAGCUCAGGUGGCCUCAACUCUGAGCUUCCACCAGUUCUGGGAGCACGUGGUCAAGCGCACGAAGCUCCACAAGGGCCCCUUUGGCGCGCGGCGCCGAACCGCGCGGCUCCAGUUCGAGCUCCUGGCCCAGGGGGCGCGCGGGGCGGCUCUGUCGACGGGCAUCGAGGGGGCCAUCUCGAGCGGCUGCGGCGCCGCCUUCGCCUCUCAUGCGACGCCCGGCGCGGACGGCGCGUCGUUCGCCCGCGUAUCGGCGUUUUUCGGCGCGACCUGCUGCCGCGUCGGCGCCGAGGACGACGACGACGCCUUCGAGCAGGGAGGGGAUGGGCCGCCGGAUGAACACGUGGAGGUGGACGUGGACGACGACGACGACGACCUGCCGCCCUGGACGGCCGGCGACGCCGAGGUGAUGCGAGGCGCGCUCGACGCGCUCGACGGGGACGAGCGCGCGCUCUGCGCCCCAGGACUCUGGAUGCGGCACGGCGACGAGGCGAGGUCCGCGGCCGUGCGAGUGGUUCUAGAGGCGAAGCCCGCGAUCGCCGCAGCGAUCGACGCCGGCGACCCGCACGCCGUGAUCGACGCGGUCGCCGCGCUGCUCCGGGAGCGCGCACCAUUGGCGACACUGGGGCGGAGGCAAGCCUUCAUCCGCGCCGCGACGGAGCCGAGCCCGAGCCGCGGCGUCGCCGGCCAGCGUCAUCACCUGUGCAUUCUCCUCGGGGAGCUCCCACCCUUUCACCGCGAGGUGCUGACGCGCCUGGCGAAACACCUCGGGAAAAUCGUGCGUCGGCGCCGUUUGAACGGCGCUUCGUGGCGCGGGCUCGCGGCCGCGACGGCGCCGCUGAUCUUUGGCCACGGCGUCGCGGCCGACGCCGACGAGGCAUUGUGGGCAACAGUCGCCUGCGCGCGGCUCCUGCGCACCGUCAACGCGGCAGCGGGCGGGCCGAAGAGCCCGACCCCGUCGCCUCCGACGAGUCCGGCCUCGACCGCCGCCGCGUCGCCCGUGUCUCCGUCGCCGUCGCCGCGCAAACCGAGUCCCGUGGCGAUUGCGACGCCGCGGUCGAUCGAGCUGUCACCUUCGGAGCCGGCCGCGACGCCGAGGCCUGCGCCGGAGCCACCUGCGACGCCACAGAGGAGCCCAGAACCCGUCGCGACGCCGCCAAAGCCAAAAGCGGCGCCAAUUGCGCCGCCGGAGCCGGCCCCAGCGCCCGCGACCGUGACGCCCUCGCGCGGCGAGCGGCGCUGCGUCGUCGUCCGCGCGUUUGUCGCCCACUCGCCGAACGAGCUCUCGGUGAACGAAGGCGACGUGGUCUUGGUGCCGGCCGCGGACCUCGCGAAGUUCGGAUCCCUGGUCUACGCCAGGAAGACGGACGGCUCCGACCGAGAGGGCUACGUGCCGCACAAGUUCGUGCGCGAAGGGUCGCGUCGCUGACGACGCGGUUUUGUUAAUUUUAUGAGUGUGUUUC